AUGGAGCGCGCAGAGUCGCGCGAGGCGCGCAGCAGCGAGGACGGCCGCGGCCCCGCGGCGGCCGCGGCGUCGUUCCUGUCGUCGUUCGCCCAGGACAACGUGCAGCAGCAGCAGCAGCCGCAGCAGCAGCGGCAGCAGCGCCGCAGCUCGAACGACGACCUCCGCCUGCCGCUCGGCCGCGACGGCCUGCGCGACGCGUCGAGGGUGGACCCCUCCAAGGUGGAGGCCGCGGCCGAGGCGCUUGCGGACGUCGUGGCCGGCGCGAGCGCGGAGGCGAUCGGGCUGCGGGCGGCGGCGAUGUUUGGGCACACCACGGAGCUGCGGACAGGGGCGAUGCAGUGGACGCGCGGCGAGCUGCUGGGCGAGGGUGCUUACGGCAAGGUGUAUGCAGGCCUCAAUCAGAUGACGGGUGAGCUCAUGGCAGUGAAGGCCCUGGAGCUGGUGGGGCGCAGCGGCAGCGCGGAGGCGGCGGCGCAGCUGGCAGACCUGGUGAAGGAGCUCGACCUGUACAAGAAGCUGAAGCACAAGCACGUGGUGGGCUACAUCGAUGCGACCUUCGAGGCGCGCCAGAACACGCUCUUCAUCUUCCUGGAGUAUGUGCCAGGCGGCAGCAUCGCGUCCAUGGUCAACCGCUUCGGCCGCUUUGGCGAGGAGCUGGCGCGCAUCUACACGCGGCAGCUGCUGCUGGGGCUGGAGUACCUCCACAGCUGCAAGAUCGUGCACAGGGACGUGAAGGGCGGCAACGUGCUGGUCACGCGCGACGGCAUCGUGAAGCUCGCCGACUUUGGCGCGUCAAAGGCGUACCGCGACGCGACAAAGACGGACGCGAUGAAGAGCAUGAGGGGCAGCGUGUUCUGGAUGGCGCCGGAGGUCAUAAAGGGGACGGGAUACGGGCGCCGCGCGGACAUCUGGUCCCUUGGGUGCACCGUGAUUGAGAUGCUGACAGGCAGCCACCCCUGGCCAGAACGGGACAACCACUGGAGUGCGAUAUUUGCCAUCGCGCACAGCACCGAGGGCCCCCCGCGGCCGCCGGGCAUCAGCGCCACAGCAGAGGACUUCCUGGACCACUGCCUGCAGGUCGACCCCUCCAAGCGCCCGACCGCCACUGAGCUGCUGCAGCACCCCUGGGUGGCCACCGCCGACACGGCGCGGGGCGAGACCGAGGGCGGCGGGUUCGGCGGCGGCGGCGGCGGCGGCGGCCCCAGUGGCGACGGACGCGCCCUCAACCACUCCUUUUAG